CACCUCGCUGGUCGCCUGUAUGUGUGUGUACGCGAUUAAGCAACGCAGAGCGCAUUUUCAUCUUGUGUGGUGCGUAAUUUUCCCGUGUUUUGCAGAUGCAAAGCGAUCAAAAACGCUCGAAUUUGUUGGAAAUCAAUAAGUCGGACAGUUUUGCUUGCCGGGAAACUCGAGUUCCGUUGUAAUUGCGAGUGGUGGACACAAAGAGCAGUUUGUGUGCAGUGCUUUCACUCGAAGUUCCAAGUGGAUACGACGGAGCCCCCGUUUUGGCAUUUCGCACCCACACACAUGCAUGCACGCGAAGGAUUUCUUUCGUGAUUGACCAACACAGGCGUGUGCGACACGCUUACUCAUACCAAUGCGUCAAUGACGAGUUAGUAUCUCGAUGAAAUGUCAGAGAAAUUCUUUUCAGGACUGAAUACUGUUUAUGACUUUUGACCCGAAGCCCAGUUGGAUGUUUUGCUGGCACAGAUCGUAGAGUCUGGUGUUGGCGAUAGCUGAAAGUGCGGAGCGAAGAAGCGCACCUUGACGGCCAUUUUGAUUGCUCAGAACGCAUUACGCUGACUUGGUGUUCAAAUAGCUGCAUGGUGAAAUCGCACGUAGCGGUGCGGAUGUGUUUGUGAAUUGUUCGUUGGCCGCCGACUGCACACUCGGAAAGACGACGGCUUGGUACUACACCGAAGCGAGAAGCGCGCGUCUGUUGGUCGGUCGGUGCGACUUUUUUCAUUUAAUUUCCCUUGAAAACUGCCGACAUUGCGUGUAAAUUAUCGCGAAAAUUAUAGUUGAGAGUACUGCGGAUGGAUUUUCGGUGGAGUGCGGGAGUCUAGCGCGUGUUUGGCGGCGGGAAUCGCGCUUGAACUUUAAGGCGGUCGAGUGUCGCUCCCGACAGCGAUGGUGGUGAAGUUCUCAUGCUACUGCUCAGUUGCGACGAGUCGUGGAAAAUAGAAUUUGUCGGUGGCAAUCGCAUAGGAAGCGGCGAGGAUAGAAACAUAAGAUGAUAGUGAUGAAUUGUGUGCCGAGGGGUGAAUGAAAAAGGCAAAAUACGUAAUUAGGACGGAAGGAAUCGAAGAGGUGUGGAAAGAUUUCCGGUGCAUCCGCGAAAGUGAGUGUGGCUUGUGGCUGAGUCGCGCUAGGAAAAACCCGAGCGAACUGUCGCCAGGCCAGUGAAGGUUGUGUGCGAGCAACUUAUCGCUUGGGCGCCUGUCAAACCGUUGCGCCGGAGGUUCCCUGUAUGCCUUGGAUUUUAGCGAGCCAUUUACCAGUUGCGUGAGAGAGGCCCGGAGUCGAUUUCUCGGAAUAACAGAUUUGAAAAGGGUCAAGAUCGUAAAACUUCUGUAAUGAUUCUAACAAGCUGACUAAAUUGAGCAAUUCAAUGCAUCUCUGACUGCGUAGAACGACAUGCAGCAGAGAGUAACCGAAACGACUGCCACUACUGUUGUUGUGAGUAUCUCUAAAUUGUGAGAGCAUUGUAUCUUUUGCUGCUGAAUAAACCUGUUGUCUUAACGUAUUCCAUUUGAGACCUGAUUUACUCCAAAAAAACACAAUGGACCCAAAAGUGCCCCCGCCCCGCAUUGAGCCGACUGUAGAGCCGGUAAAUGGCAUUGUACAACCGCCUGUUGUGCCACCGCCUGAACGGCCAGGGCGAAAUACAAAUCAGAUACAAUAUCUGCUUAAGACAGUAAUGAAAGCUGUCUGGAAACAUCAGUUUUCCUGGCCUUUUCAGCAGCCAGUCGACGCGAAAAAGUUGAACUUACCUGAUUACCACAAAAUCAUUAAGCAACCAAUGGACCUGGGAACAAUAAAGAAGCGUUUGGAGAAUAACUAUUACUGGUCGGCGAAGGAAUGUAUUCAAGACUUCAAUACAAUGUUUGCCAAUUGUUAUGUUUAUAAUAAACCUGGCGAGGAUGUUGUGGUUAUGGCGCAAACUUUAGAGAAAUUAUUCCUGAGUAAAAUUGAAGGUAUGCCGAAGGAAGAAGUGGAGUUGGAACCGCAAGCGCCGAAAGGAGCGAAAAAGAAACCACCACGACCGGCGACGGGAGCGGUACCUGCAGGUCCACGUGGUCGUCCAAGCUCUGCACUGGGUGGAACAGUUUCGUCGACAGGGCCGGUUACCCCAGUAGGAGCAACAGCCAUCCCAGCAAUUCCACCAAUUGGUACUGUUCCACCACAAACAAUACCGGGUAGCACAAACACCACAACGACGGCGGUUGCGCCUGCCCCAGUGCCUGCAUUGGGAGCGGUGGCUGGGGCUGUACCGCCGGUUCAAGCGGGAGCAGCAAGUGCAGCGCACAAUACGAUCCCCGGAGCACCUGGUGGUGCUGCAGCUCAACCAUCCGUGGUGGUGAAUCCUAGUAUUCUGCCAAGCUCACAGGGUGGAACUACAGCUGUACCACCUUAUCAUGUAAAUAGUACACAACCGUCUGCAAUGGACGCCGUUAUACCUCCUCAACAACCCGCCAAAAUGCGUAAAGGCAUUAAAAGAAAGGCAGACACAACAACGCCAACUGCAAAUGCAUUCGAAUCGCCAUAUACAGCUAUUGAUUCAAAGAGCGCUAAGAUAGCUACGAGAAGGGAAUCUGGACGACAGGUAAAUAAGGAAUUGACGCCAUUCCAAUCAUCGAACUACCCAAUGUCACCAAUAACAGGUGCUCCCCCUGGAGCACCUAAAAACAAAGAAAAGUUAUCAGAUGCAUUAAAGUCUUGCAAUGAAAUUCUGAAAGAACUGUUUUCUAAGAAGCAUUCGGGUUACGCAUGGCCUUUCUACAAACCAGUCGACGCAGAGUUGUUAGGACUGCAUGAUUAUCACGAUAUCAUCAAAAAACCGAUGGAUUUAGGAACAGUUAAGCGAAAAAUGGAUAACCGUGAAUACAAAACCGCACAAGAAUUUGCUUCUGACGUUCGGUUGAUUUUCACCAAUUGUUAUAAAUACAACCCAUCAGAUCAUGAUGUGGUUGCCAUGGGGCGAAAGUUGCAAGAUGUGUUUGAAAUGCGAUAUGCGAAUAUUCCCGAUGAGCCUGUAACAAAUACUGGAUUUAUUAAAAACGAGAGUGAUUCUUCAUCAGAUGAAUCUAGUGACUCUGAAAUGGAAUCGAACUCGGAUGAAGAGAGAAGUGCGAAGCUGAAAAUGCUUGAAGCAAAAUUGCUGGACUUACAGGAAGAAAUGCGAAAACUUCGCGAAGAAGCGUCGGUUAAAAAGAAAGCCAAAAAGAAAAUGAAAGAGAAGAAAAAGCAAGCGGCAGCAGCUGUGACAGGCGGAGCGCUGCCUGGGGCACCUGGUGAAAUGAAAGUUGCGAGUGAAUUGCAUAGUCAUGCAACGGCACAUGGUGCAAAUGCCACAAAAGGCAUAACGCCGGCAGCAGCUGCACUGAACCCAGCGGUUAGCGGUUCAACGGGGGCAGCUGGAAUUGCGCCAAAUGCAACUGCGGCAGCAAAUAACAAAGGUGCUAAAGUGAAAGGUCAACGAGGUCCAAAGCCUGGUGCGCCGAAUGCUACCCAAACGGGUAAACGAGCUAAAUCGUCGAAUGCGGCUCCGGGUGCACCUCGUGGACCGGGCAAGAAGAAACCAAGUCAAUCUAUGAACUUCGACUCAGAAGAAGAAGAUACUGCCAAACCUAUGUCAUACGACGAGAAGCGGCAGCUUUCACUUGAUAUUAAUAAACUGCCAGGUGACAAAUUGGGCAGAGUUGUACACAUCAUACAAAGUCGUGAACCAUCACUACGAGAUUCGAAUCCAGAUGAAAUUGAAAUUGAUUUCGAGACACUGAAACCAUCAACAUUACGUGAACUCGAAAGCUAUGUUGCAUCAUGUCUUCGUAAAAAACCUCGUAAGCCCUACUACAAAAAACCAUCAGGAAAGUCGAAAGAUGAACAAAUGGCUGAGAAAAAACAAGAACUGGAAAAACGGCUGCAGGACGUAACUGGUCAGCUAGGCACAGCGAAAAAGGCGGCCAAGAAAGAUGAAGCAGCAAAAGUAGACGUAGUACCUUCUGGUCGCUUGUCAUCAAGUUCUAGCUCUAGCGAUUCAUCAUCAUCUAGUUCAAGUGACAGCAGCUCUAGUGAUUCAAGUGAUAGUGAAGCAGGUGUCGGUCGACCACCCAGAAAGAAAAAAUUGAAAGAUUCCAGUUCACCAUCAAGUUCCGCCCCACCAACAGCGACCACCACAACAGCCCCAAUUGUAUCACAACACCAGACAUCAAAUGCAGCCACCACACAGCAAACAAGCAACAAUCUUCUGAACAAUGACACAAUAAGUAAUAACAACUCGAACCAAUCUAAUAACUUGUCAUCACCUUCACUGAAUAAUAACAAUCAACAAUCACAACAAUCGGUAACGAUACCAAUGACCACAACGUAUACACUCCCAACAUCAAAUAAUAACAACAAUACGACGACACCACAACAAAAUAGUAACAAAUUAGCCAAUGUCCCAAAUAUAAAUAAUUUGCCGGCAAAUACUACUAUUCCUUUACCGAAUCCGUCGCCAUCUUCAACGUCGUCUACGUCCUCUCAACAAAAAAUCAUGGAAUCCACGAACAGUAAACGUGCCGCUUCUAACAGCAUAGAUGCAAACUUUAGUGGUGCUUUGGCGACAACCAGUGUGACAAACUCAAUAGUUGUGGCGUCAGAAACGUCAGGAUCGGCAAGUAGAAUAGAUGGGGUUGGGAUAGAUUCCGUUGCGCAUCAGAAUCCAUCCCCAAUGGGUGGAAAUAAUGGGAGUGGGACCGGCAGCGGUGGUAUGAAAGUCUCGGCAUCGAGUGCAAUGCCAACUAAACCGAUACCGUCAUCACUAUCUACAUCUAUGGGCAGUAAUGGGGGUGGUGUUGUUGGCGGUAACAACGAUCUAAUGGCAAGUGGGCACACAGCAUCAUCCUCCCUACUGUCCAUGACUUCAAUAGGACCAAAUAAUAAACCCACAAUGCAAUUUGAUGAUCCCGUUGAACAAUCACUUGCAUCUCUUGAACAGCCCGCAAUAGGAGGAGCUACCAAGGCGGAUAUGAAUAAUCUUCAGGGAAACAAGUUGAAUAGCCUUCCAAGUAGCCAGGCACAGCAGGCGGUCCAUAAGGACCUGUUAGCGCAAAUGUCUUCAAUGUUUGUGAAGGCAGAGGCCGGUAUGAACGGUAAUCACUUGACUUUGAUGCAGCAUCUUGGUUUAGAAGGACUAAAUCAUUUCUCUAUGCUAGAACAAGGUAUUCAAAAUAACGGUUUCGUUGGAAUGGAUAUUAGUGGAAAUAAUGGUCUAAUGGAUGCAAUGCCGCAGAACGGAAACGGUUUACUUCUACCAAGUAUGUCGGGAAUUCCAUCGAUAUUUGACCAGUUGCCGCACAGUAUAAAUCGGAAUGAUAGUGUACUAGGUGGCGUAUUACCUCAAUCUCUGAUGCAUCCACUAUCUACUUCGGCUAGUAGCGGUUCGAAAAAAGAAGAAAGACUUUUAAUAACUCCUAAACCAAUCGAAUCAAUGAUGCCUAGUCCUCCCGAUAAGAAAAUGACUCCACCUCCUGAUAUGAAAAUGGCGGGAGCGAAUUUCGCGCAAGCCUUCAAAGCAUCGAACAAUGAACAAAAUUUGAAGAAUGCCAGUUCAUGGUCGUCGCUGGCCUCAGCAGGUUCACCACAAAAUACACCGACUGCAAACAAAUCGAAACCGGCAAUGGAUUCAUUUCAACAAUUCCGGAAUAAAGCAAAAGAAAAAAUGGAUCGACAAAAAUUAUUAGAAUUGCAGGAGUUGAGGCGUAGUCAAAAGGAAGCGGCAGAAAAGGAAUUGAAGAGGCAGCAAGAGCAACAUAAACAAAAUAAACAUCCGGAAUUGGAUAAUGGAAGGAAAAGUGUUCAUGAUCCCCCAACUCCUGGCCGUGUUGACGAUAUAAAAGCAUCUCCUCAAGGCGGAGGAUCGCCUGGAGCGGCGGUUGCACAAACAGAUCGAUCGGCCGCAAAAAGAGCAGAAUUGCGUCGUAUGGAACAAGAGAGGAGACGACGAGAAGCGAUGGCCGGUCAAAUCGAUAUGAAUAUGCAGAGUGAUUUAAUGGCGGCGUUCGAAGAAUCGCUGUAAACUUUGUUACGAGUAAUAAGCCGGUACACAAACGACCAUUGUUUUUUCGUUUUUAAAGAUGAUUAUGAAUAAUAUAUGGAAAAACCACCGAUGAGCUCUCUUGAAGUUGGGAGCAGGAAAAAAGAGUGAUGCAAUAAUCAAGCUAUUAGGCGUGUUGCAACUUGUGGUUGUCCGUUUUCAUGUCAAUAUAAUCAUUGUUUCUAAAUAUAAAUCGGAGCCGGUAAAACGAGGAUUGCGUACAUCAUUGGAACAUUUAGAGACGUAGAAAUACUUGGAAAAGAUACUUCUAAUUACCAUCAUUGUCGAAAAACCUUCAUUUAAUUUUAUAUGAUAGAAUUUAAAGGCAUUGUUGUUUUUAUGAUAUGAUUCGCUGAGAACAUUAACUAUUUAAUUUUGUGAUAAUCAGGAAAAAUAUAUAAAAAAUUAAUAUAAAUAACACGUUGAGUAAUAAGGGAGAAAAACAUGUAAACGUAGGUAAAAAAUGUAAUUUUAGUUAGACCUCUUAUUUGAUAUGUAAACAUGAAAUUUAGGUUACGCAAAUAAAUUAUAUGUCGAAGAACUUUAAAAUGAAAAAAUGAGGAGGUGGUGUGCAAAUGAAAAAUGGCGACCAUUGACGAAAGAAAUAGUUUUUCUUACAUGUUCACUUUUUGUCUUGGUUGUUAAAAAGCAAGUUUCAUAAAUUCUUUAUUAUCUUCAUUUCCUUAAUUUAACAAUUAAUGUAUAUAGGCAUUAUUUUAAUUUUAUAUAGUUUUUUAAUUAGAUUUUUUUAAAUUAUGAAAAUUUCCGAUGUGAGAAAAGAACAAGAAAGAAAACAAUAAAUAGAAACGAUAAUUGAGAAAAAUGGAUUUAAAUUAUUUCUAUAGCAAUGAGUCAAUAUUUAACUUAAAAUUUUUCAAAUAGACCCUACGAAGUUAAGAAAUAUUUAGGAAUAGUUAUUUUAUUAUGUGUAAUCACACACUAGAAUAUCAUCAGGGGUACUUUUACAUAUGGUAUAUCGUCCUUAAUAGUAGGACUUAUAUUUGGGAACAUUUACAUUGAGUUUCUUGGUGGUGGCUUUUCCGCUGUAAAAAUUUAUUUGGGUUUGUAUACUUUCAAAUACGUUUAAUGGUACACUCGAAAAUGUUCAUUUGCUUCUGGUUUGGCUUAGAGUUGGCGUGAAGACUGUUUAUCUUUUUGCAAGUGAAAGCCAGUACUACCCAUUGAGAUAUGAAUCUUGGUGCAUUCCACUAUCAGUAGCUUCACCAAUGCGCUGUUAUAAAUUCAAAUCGUUUCUGGAGAAAUCUUCUGGUUUUUAUUUGAAAAAAUGAUUUAAAUUCUUCAUUGAGCAGUUUUUUUACUUUAACGAAAUGAAAACUAUUUUACUUGAACCGUUACUCCUAUUUCUUCGAGAAUUCUACAUUUGAAAAUGGUUCGGGGUGAAUUGAAAUAAAAGUUUUGUGAUUAUUGUAAACACACCGUUAAUCAUAUGUACUCUGCAGUCCAUAAUUUCCAAGUGUCUUAUUCUCCUCCACCUAAGAAUGUUUGUUGUGAAGAGUCCUCAUUUUUCCACUCCCCUUUAGUUUUGGGAAAUAUGCUAUUGAGAGGAUUUGGGAACAGGUUAGGGUGUCUUCAUCUUGUCAAAUAGUAUCGUGAGUAUCGAAUACGAAAACAAAUUUAUGAGAAGAAAAUUGUAGACCUUGGGAAGUGUGCUUCAUAUUUACUUUUGGUAAUGAUACUAGAGUGAUUAGAUGAAAUUUGAAAACAAAAAAGCGAAGCCUAUUUAAGCUCACAGAAUCUGCUUCUAAUUACAAUCUUCAACCUCUGCCGAUAAGUUAUUUAAACCGCUCAGUAUAAAUUACCAGGGCCACUUAAAGAAAUUUGCUAUUUCGCCUAGUCGGUAGAUGGGAAAAUUUUGAAAAAAGUUGUAAGAAUAUACCAUAGGCCAUGCUAUGACGACUAUGAUUUACGAGCGAUCAAGCUAUAAAAAUAAGUCGAUCGCUCGUACUACUGAUCUCUGAUCUGUUUGAAAGAAGGUGUAUAUAGAAAGGAAGCAUUGUAUUUCUGGAGAUACAAUCCGCUCAAAUGAUUUCUGCUUACUCCUGUUCCACGUAAUAUUCCAGCUUCGAUGAGUAGUUCGUGUGAAGAAAUUGAUCACCCUAAAACACCUCCCUCGUAGAAAUUGUGCAUCGUUAUAUGAUGGGCACAGUAUUCUAUUGUGCCAAAUGUUGUAACAACAGUGUAGAGAAAGUACAUUAUUCUCGAGUCAUAUUCCAUUGUAAACCAACUAUCAUCUAAGAAGGUUUUGAGAGCAUACAUUCAUGGAUCCCAACAUUUGAUUUUAUACAACUAUUCUUCCACGAAAAAUUCUUCGCUUAUAUUAUGAAAGCUAUAUGCAAUCUUUUAGGUUGAGAUUCCAACAUAAAAAUAUUUUCGUAUUAAUGGAGAAAAAUGUUGUCUCAGUUCUCAAAUAAAACUAUAUAUUUUCCAUCUAAUUGUUGUUAAGGAAAGCAUCAAAUAGACUAUAUUCUAUAUACGAGUGUAGUCAGCUCAAAGUCAAUACACCUCCAACAGCAUUAUUUAAUGUCAAGUGUGUUCAAUGAAAGAGCAAAGAAUAAAUGCAACCAAAAGAAAAAAAAUUGUGAAAUUUUUGGAUUGCUCAUUUUUUUCAGUAGCCUGUUCUAUUUCUUUCUUUAACAUGUAUGUUACCGUGGCAAAUUUAUUUCUUCUGAACGCUUGGUUAUAUCGUUGAGUUGCAGACAGGGGCAUGAGUAAUUGUUUUACUUCCAAUAACUUGAAUAAGUAGUUAUGUUAAUGCAGAAACAAGAAAUAUUACGACUUCAUACCGUAUCUAACUCAAUUGUGUUAUAUUUUUUAUCAGUCCAACAAAUAUAAUUCGUUCAGAUUCACAUAUAAUCGUGAGGACAACAGGACUUUCCGAGGAGCUCACACUCUUCUCUAUUGUUCUGCGUCCCAUAGCCCCAGGGCGCCCUAGAUUCGUGCGCCGGCAAAGUUCAUUUACUGUUGUCUCAGGCCAGAGUAUUAUAUAAUUCGGUAAGUGGAGUAAAUAAUAAAUGUUAAUUUUACUCCAGUGUUGGGUAUAACUCUUAUUUCAUCCAUAUCUGGCACCGUAAGGACCUUUUAAUUCAUUGCUCUACUUUUAUAUUGAAAUGUAUUAUCUCAAAUUUCAUAUUCUGAAUACAUCAGUUUCUGAUAAUCUGCGCCCUGCACACGAUCAAUAAACGGUGAAUAAAAGUGUAUCAUUUUCGAUUGUAAAACGUAAGAUAUUUCUAUUAACAUGCGUUUCGAUUAGAACGAGUAACAAAUUUUACCGUGUUAUGAAAACUCCGAUAAAAUUGGAUCGCUUUAUAUAGGAGUUACCAUAAACUACUAGAAAGAACCUUUUCAUUGAAGGAACUUAGAAAAUUCUAUUAAAUUUAUAUAAUGACGAUGUUAAUUUAUUAUAUGAUUAUUUAAAUCGUCAAAAGUGUUUUCAUUCACAAUUCACUGAUAACUGUAUAGUGUAAAAUAGGGAUUUCAAGAGAAUGUAGCUAACAGUACCAGUAGCUUAGUAUUUAAGAAAAAACACAUGAGCAAUCAAUUUAAUGAAUAUACUAAAUGUCUCUUUCAUACCUAACUAAUCACUAUGGUAGUAGCAAGAAUUAACAACUUUUAAUACACGCAUAAUUCGAGUGAAGUAAUUGCGAGAUGGGUAAACAAAGUCUUUAUAUUUGAAAUAGAGUAAAGUCACAACUAUUUGAUAUGAAAUAAGAGAAUUUGUUAAUUUGUAAUUCUUGGAACUGUAAUCAACAAAAACAAUAAACACUUUGAAGCAAAGUCAAUAAAUCAAUACAUGAAUUUACUUUUCGUUACAUUAUGCAUAUAUGUAUGUAAUUAUUUUAAGAUCUAUAAGAAUUAUCUAUUCUAUCGCAAAUGCGAAACAAAAACCAACUGAAUAAAUUGUAGUAAAUGUAAACUUAAGAGGAAAUAACAAAAUAACAAAAUAAAAGAUUGUAUAGAGAAAGACUAUUUUUACUGCUUGUCCAGUGUGAGAGAAUGAAAGGAAAAUUAUGUAUUACGUUACUAACUUGGAUAAUCAUGUAGAUUUACACGAUUUUGUUUACAGAAUAUUAUAUUUGUUGAUUGUAUGAUAAAAUUUAAACAUAUUAUCAUCAUUAGACUAACAGAUGAAUACAAAAUAAAUUACAGAAAAACAUA